CCCUCCGCGUCUCCGUGACUGCGCCUCCGCGCCCCCGGCUGGCCGCGGCUCCCGGGAUGCGCGGAGGCGGCGAAGGCGCUGGCGAUGGUGCGUCCAACCCUGCGUCGCCCCGGGCGGCGGACGGAGCUGGGUCUCGGCUGCGAGGUGGAGGAGGGGGCGGUGCUGUGGCCACCAGGCAGGCUUUUCUGCCUUGGGCCUCUUUUGUCACAUACUGCUCAUCUGUAAGUUGAGGCCCUGACUCCCCGCAGAAGGAAGAGGCACUUCUCUCUGAAGAUGAACUCAACGGACCGCCUGCAGGGUGCGCCCAACGCCACCCUGCUGCAUGUGCCUCACUCCCGGGGAGAAAACAGCUCUGCGCUCCAGGAGGACCUGCAGGACCUCAUCCAUACAGCCACCUUGGUAACCUGUACUUUUCUACUCACCAUUAUCUUCUGCCUGGGCUCUUAUGGCAACGUCAUCGUCUUCUUGUCCUUCUUUGAUCCCGCCUUCAGGAAAUUCAGAACCAACUUUGAUUUCAUGAUCCUGAACUUGUCCUUCUGUGACCUUUUCAUCUGUGGAGUGACAGCCCCCAUGUUCACCUUUGUUUUGUUUUUCGGCUCAGCCAGUAGCAUACCCGAUGCUUUCUGCUUCGCCUUCCAUCUCACUAGCUCAGGUUUCAUCAUCAUGUCCCUCAAGACAGUGGCCGUGAUUGCCCUGCACCGGCUCCGCAUGGUAUUGGGGAAGCAGCCUAAUCGCACGGCCUCCUUUCCCUGUACCUUACUUCUAACUCUGCUUCUAUGGGCCGCCAGUUUCACUCUGGCCACCUUGGCCACCCUGAAAACCAGCAAGUCCCGCCUCUGCCUUCCCAUGUCCAGUCUUAUUGCUGAAGAAGGGAAAGCCAUCCUGUCCCUCUAUGUGGUCGACUUCACCUUUUGUGUUGCUGUGGUAUCUGUCUCUUAUAUCAUGAUUGCUCAGACCCUGCGAAAAAAUGUUCAAGUCAGAAAGUGCCCCUCUGUAAUCACAGUUGAUGCUUCCAGACCACAGCCUUUCAUGGGAGUCCCUGUGAAGGGAGGUGGAGACCCCAUCCAGUGUACCAUGCCGGCUCUGUACAGGAACCAGAAUUACAACAAACUGCAGCAUGUUCAGAUCCAUGGAUACACCAAGAGUCUCAAGCAGCUACCAACCCCUGCAGCCAGCCGGCUGCAGCUGGUGUCAGCUGUCAAUCUCUCCACAGCUAAGGAUUCCAAAGCAGUGGUCACCUGUGUGGUCAUCGUGCUGUCGGUUCUGGUGUGCUGUCUUCCCAUGGGGAUUUCCUUGGUGCAGGUGGUUCUGUCCAGCAGUGGGAGCUUCAUCCUUUACCAGUUUGAACUGUUUGGAUUUACCCUGAUAUUUUUCAAGUCAGGAUUAAACCCUUUUAUAUAUUCUCGGAACAGCGCAGGGCUGAGAAGGAAAGUGCUCUGGUGCCUCCAGUACAUAAGUCUGGGUUUUUUCUGCUGCAAACAGAAGACUCGACUUCGAGCCAUUGGAAAAGGGAACCUCGAAGUCAACAGAAACAAGUCCUCCCAUCAUGAAACAAACUCUGUCUACAUGUUGUCUCCAAAGCCCCAGAAGAAAUUUGUGGACCAGGCUUGUGGGCCAAGUCAUUCAAAGGAAAGUGUGGUCAGUCCCAGGAUCUCUGCUGGAUAUCAACACUGUGGUCAGAGCAGCUCAACUCCCAUCAACACUCGGAUUGAACCGUACUACAGCAUCUAUAACAGCAGUCCAUCCCGGGAAGAGAGCCUCCCACAUAACUUACAGCCAGUAAACUCUUUUGGAUUUGCCAAUUCAUAUAUUGCCAUGCAUUAUCAUACCACUAAUGAUGUAGUGCAAGAAUAUGAUAGCACUUCAGCCAAGCACAUUCCAGUCCCCUCUGUUUAGAAUUGUGGAGGCUGGAGAAUCUUUUGUUCACAUUUUUGUUUCCAAUACUAAUAGAUCUUGAUUUUUUUUCACUUUUGUAAGACCAUUGGUAAUCAAAACUUAAAGAAUCAGCUAAACAGUUGGCACUUACGAUUUUCUUUUAUCUGAAGUAUUAGCAUCUAUUGAUUCAUUUUGUGGUUUCUUGACAUUGUAAGAUUGGAUGUAAAAAUUUAUCACUUAGAUUUUUACCCUGACCUGUGUGCCAAUCUCUGGUAUUAAACAUUUAAAUAGAUGCCAAGAAUAAUUAUGCUACUGUGUUAGAGAAUGAACACUUAUGAUCAUUUGAUUAUGAUCAUUAUUAUAUCAUCAUGAUCAUUAUGAUCAUUUGAGUCAGUGUUGUACAUCUUCAAAGUAUAAAGGGGCUGUAUUCUUUAAAGAAUGUGAAGGUAUCUUCACUGAGGGGUUCUUUUCAUUAAUUGAAUUACAAAUUUUGAUUCUUUGAAGGAUUGAAACAAUACAUGUUUUUGGUAGCAGGCCUAUUUGAAUAAACAUUAUUAAAGCAGAUUAUCAGAAAUAUGUUAUCUAUAAAUAUCACUAGGCACUAGGUACUUUCCUUUCAUAAGACAGUCAACCAGUAAUACAGUUUUAUGAUUAUUACCAUUUCUUAUUACAGACAUUAUUUUGUGUAAAUUGAUUAGAUAUAUCGUUCUUUUACAAAGAAAGAUGUUUUUGCUUGCUAAAAAUGAAUUACUUUAUUUCAGAACAAUCUUACUCAAGAACCCUAGUGAAGAGGACUGUGUCUGUAGUGGUAGAGGUAUGCUGUUCAUGGGAGAGUAAGCACUGACUGUGGUCAUCUCAGUCAAGGUGUUAUGUGAGAAGCCAUCCAGGCUGUGCUUGUGUGUUAGAUGAUCCUUAUUAUUGCUUAAGAAGGCAGAGGAUGAAAAUGGGAAUGUUUUGAUUUAGGCUUUACUUCUGUAUGAGGAUGGUUUAGUAACAACCUGACAAAGAGUAUACAGGUAACCAUUUAGAAUUUUUUAAAAUAUUUGUUUACAUAUUACUAUGGUAGAAAAAUUAAGAUAAUCUAUUUUCAAACUAAUUGUAUUUCUCUUCCAUUAAUUUAAACUGGAAAUGGACAAUAAGGAAAAGUAGAGUAAGUAUUGCUAUAUCUAAAACUACUUUUAUUAUAUAUUCUGUGAUUCCUAGCGCAACAAUUAUAAACUGACAGUUUUAUGUAAAAAUAUUUUCAUUAUACAGGUAGCAUUUGAAUUGCUAUAAUUUUGAAUCUAUGAUUGGUGGAUACAAGAUGAGCAUCAAGAUAUAAAACCUAUCUUUAUAAAAUUGUUAUAUUCAAGAACUGUUAUUGCAGUUUAAAGGGCAUUUUGUUCCUUUGGAUGAAAGGUAUUCAAUUUGUAGCGCCCUCUCUCAGGCUGCUCCCAAAUACGGAGGUCAUGAGAGUCAUGGAGAAAACAGAAUAGAUACUCAGCUAGAACCCUGCUGAGCCUCAUCUAACAGUUCGUACCUUCCAGUAUCAACCAGUCAUUUCUACUUCUGAGGUUUAAGUGUAAGGGCUUUUUUUUUUUUUUUAAUUCCCCUUUAAGUACUUUCUCCUUCCCUCCUUCCCUCAUUUCUUCCUUUAUUUUUGCUAUUAAAUUUUAUAAUGGAGGAGAAAAUGUCCACUUCCUCACAUUUUUUUGUAAUUGAAUGCUAUUUUUGAACUGUGACCUAUUUCAAUUGUGCUUUUAUAUUUUUUAAUACAAUACUGUUUUCAUUUAUUAAUACUUCCCAUAGAUAGGUUAGUAUAUUACCUCUUUUUAACAAAGAAUUAAGAAAUCUAAUAUCCUCUACCAAGAUCAUUGGAAGAAUUGUGGCAAAUUAGGAAUUAGAUUUUUGUGUAAAUUCAGAAUGAAAUAGCUUUAUAAUUAAUAACAUUAAUCAAGAAGGUAUUUCACACUUUUUAAAGUAUGAAUCUCUUUUUUGGCCAGGCAUUUCAAAUGUGGGUCAAUAAAAGAUUUUUUAGUAAGUAAUUUCUACUUGUAAAAAAUUUUCAAUGACAGAUUUCCUUUGUGACCUUUGAGUUUGAGAUAACCAAUCUUUGGGAAGUAAAAAUUAUAGCAUAAAGAAAACUAAGGAUGUGCAUGUGAGGUUUUCAGUCUCUCUAUGCUCAUCAAGAAAUUACUGAUUUAACUUGCAUAAAAUGCAUAGUGGGCUAGAUUCUUAGUCCUCUUCCAUAUCUGUAUCUACAUAGAGAUAUAGAUAUAUUUAACUUGCCUUUUAGUAAGUUAUAUGUAUCUGUAUCUAUAUGGAGAUUGAUUCAUAUAUAGAUCCAUAUAGAUACAGAUACAUGUAACUUUUCACAAGGGCUAAAAUGAGAACUAAAAGUAGUGAGAAUUCAGUUGAAUAUUACUAAUUAGCAGGGCACAUUAAUUAGUUCUCUUGAUGCCUUACUGUGAUGCAAAGUAUGUGAUGUAUUUCAAACAUUUUAUUAUUACUCUAAUGUUAAUCAUUAGGCCAGAUUUGUAUUUCUGAUGUUUUUAAUGUUAUUUUAAAAUUAUGUUUAGAAAAUAAAAAUAUUGAAAACCCUGACAUUUCUGAACAUCAGAUUACAAACUAUGAGUUUCCUGUAUAAUCACUUAAAAACCAUCAGAGAAUAGCAGUCAUUAUUGUAUGAUGGAUAGCAAUAUGUUGAACCUCAGAGACAAGUUCUUUUCCUUAAGAGAUUAAAUAACUUCUUUGACCACAUUUUGUAGUGUGCGUAUAUUUAUAUAUAUGCUCAGAUGAACCAAGGAUAAUUCACUCCAAAGAUUAUUUACUAAACUAAGUUUCUCACGCAGUGGGAAAAGUCCUGACUAAACAUUUCAAAAUCUUCUUUAAAAUGAGAUUAAUCUGGAUGAAGAUACAGAAUUUCAGAAUUCUUGGCUUAUCUAUCAAGGUUUGGUUUUAAGAGUCAGAAAACAUCAAUUUAAGCAGAAAAGGAUUAAAUAUAGGAAAUUACAUGUCUACUAAAUAAUUUGAAGGCCAGGACUCUAUGUUGGGCCUCCAGGAAAGAUUCCACAAUAAACACUGUCUGACUAGUCAGGAGAGCUACUACUUCUGCUGCAACCAAGAAGGGAGGGAGUCAGGUCUCUAUGAACUUUUGAUGUCAAGGACACCCUUUUGAAGUAAACAUCCAAAGAUCAGGAAGUUGCAGCUCUUGCCACUACCUCCACAACUAACCCUCUUGAUACCUCCAAAGCAAGGGGUUGAACACCAAAACACUGUUGAAGAAAAAUUUGUACCAUGCAUUUAGUUGGUGGAACCCAAUUUGCAUUUAAAAUCCUAGCUUGCAGUGAAUCUGGACAGUAUAGUCACACUAAAAAUGUAAACUAAAAGGAGGUUUGGAAUAGAUAGUGAAUUUCAAUCCACUCUGUACCUUCUUUGAGACUAGUAUUUUGAGUAGUUUCUUGGUUAGCAGCUCUUUACAUCCACGAGCAAUGCUGUCAUAAGAUUGCAGGAGGGAAUUCUUCUCUACAAUGGGAAGGAGAUAGUAAUGAAAGGGCAUUGACAAAAAAAAAAAAAAAAAAGCAUGAGGUCCUGAAGAGUAAGGCACAGAAAUCUUGUCAAAGAGCUCAGAUUUAUGGACCUGAAAAUGAGCAUCUGUAAAUCAGUUCCAUUUUUCAUGUUCAAGAUACUCCAUUCCCCAUUCCAGUUUUGAAGAUCUCUAGGUCACCAGUAGCACUUCUUGUGUGCUGACAGGCUCAAGUUUCCCUCCAUAUCUGAUUUGUGAUUAUAGCUCAUUCUUAAAUAAUCUUCCAUAAUCCAAGGCUGGUUACAGUCUCCCCUGUCAAGGCCACCCUCUUCUUUCAGAGUUUUGUGACAAUGUACACAAGGAGACCCCAGUGUGAUUUUUAACUCCCACAGAGACAUGCUCUUUUUCCCUUAUUCACUAAAACCAGUUGUUUUUCUUUUCCAUUCAUUCAAGAGGCCUUUGGUCCCUUAAAAGAGAUUUGCCCCACUGCUCUCCUACUGGAGUUGGAGUAGGAAGGCCAAGAGUCAGUGAAGAUACCAGGCUUGUGGAGUGGUGAGAAGAGAGGCUGCCAAGAAAAAUGCUCACCUCUAUCAGAGAUCCAAGCUUAGAGAGGCCAGUUCUAGACAGAGCUUGGAACCAUGGGGAAAGCAGCCCAGCCCCACCAGUGAGAGGACUCUGCCUCAGCAGGUGACCACAGAAGGUGCUGUGGUGUGCAGCCCCAAAGGGAUGAGUCACAAGAGAGCCAGAGUUACUUCCAGGAGUGAAGACAAUGACCAGUCGAAGCCAAAUGGGGUAAUCUUUGAGGGGAUAGAGAAGGGAAAGGAGGAGCAGAAAGAUAGGAAAAUACCUUCCUACUUAUUCCCCCAUUCCUAAAGAUUUAAAGAGAAAUCCAUAAACUGAGAAACAGGUGCUAGUAGUAAUUAUGCUGAUUUGAUAUUCAGUCUUAUGGCUUUCAGUACCAUUGAAAUGCUAAUGACACUCAACUUUAUCUCUAGUCCUAACCUCUUGCUGAACUCCAUGCUGGUCUACCCAGUUGCCUAUUCAACAUCUCUUGGAUGUGUGAUAGGCUUCUCAAAUUUUAACAUGUACAAAAAUGAACUUUUGAUUCAAUUCUGCUCCUUUCCAAACUUGUGUCUCCUGCUGUUUUAUCAUCUCAGUAACAGCAAUGCAAUUACCCAGUUGUAUAGCUCAAUUUUGGUGUCCUUGACUCUUCUCUUGCAUGGCAUAACCAAUCUAUUGACAAAUCUUGAAUUGAAAUAAUAUACUCUGAAUCCAACUAUUUCUGAACUUUUUCAUCCCCAUCCCCUCUAGCCUAUGCCCCAUCAUCUGUCACCUGGAGUAUUAAACUAGCCUGGUAACCAUUUUCCAAAUUUUAGUUUUUCCCUCCUUUAGCCCUUCCUGGGUUACUGUAGCCCUUAUAAGGUAAAUCAUAUUUGUUACUCUCUUGCUUAAAAGCUUCUGGUGGCUUUCUAUCCCACUUAGAACAAAAUCUCAAGUCCUUGCCAUUGCCUGCAUGACCCUAGUAAUGUAGUCCCUGCUUUCCUCUCUGUCCCCAUUUCCUUUUAUUUGUACCCAACCUAGCUUGGGCUACAUGGGCUUUCUGACUAUUUUGUUCCAUGUCAGGAAAUUAAUUCCCCUAGAAAUACUCCAUCCUGGAGUGGUCUUUCCAGUGGCUUUUCCUAGUCGCCAUAUUCAACACAGUUCUUUAUUCCACCAGCCAUCCCUCUGCAUAUUUUAUUUCCUUCAUGGUUCUUAUUGUUAUCCAACAUUUUGUUACUGUAUUAGUCUGCUCUGGCUGCCAUAACAAAAUACUACAGCCUAGGUGGCUUAAAUAACAGAAAAUUACUUUCUCACAAUUCUGGAAGCAAUUACUCCAAGAUCAAAAUGCCAUUGAGAUUGGUUUCUUGUUAGGCCUCUUUUCCUGGCUUAAGAUGGCUGCCUUCUUAUUGUGUGCUCACACUGCUUCUCUGUGCAAACAUGGGGAGAGAGAAAGUGAGAGAGGGCUCUCUGGUGCCUCUUCUUAAAGGAUACCUGUUCUGUCUUGUCUGAUUGGGGCUCCACCCUUAUGAGUCAUUUAAUGAUAAUUACCUCUUUAAAGGCCUUAUUUUCAAAUACAGUUCCAUUGGGGGUUAGAGCUUCAAAUAAUUCUCGGGGGAGAGGGAGACAUGAUUCAGUCCAUAACAGUUACAUACAAUUAUUUACUGGCUCGCUCCCCACUAGCAUAAAGCUCUAAUAGGGCAAAGAACCCUGUCUAUUUUGUUAGGCACCACAUCUCUAGUACCUAUCAGUCUUUGGCCCUGGUGGGCCCUCAGUGCAUAGCUUUUGAAUGAAUGAAUCAAAUAGUAAAUAAUUGAAUGGAUGAACCCAAAUCUCCCCCUGGCUGGCUUACAAUUUCCCAAUGUUUAUUUUUUGAUCCCUUUCUGUAUUGCCAGGACAAUUAUCAGCAGGACUCUAAUGAAAAGGAAUAUGGGUCUUGAUUUAGGGGACCACAAGACUUGUUUUUGACUACUUAAUCAGAGGACCUGCUCUGCAGGCAUCAUUUCCCAAGGGGCCACCCUGGCUGCCCAGGAGCUGCCAGACAACCUGCACUCAUUCUCACUGGAAUUCCUUGACUCACCAAGUAGCCUGAGGACACUGAAGAUUACAGCAAACUCUUCAGCAACCACAAAGGAGUUAAAGGAGCUGAGAAGGGGAAUACCAAUUACUUGAAAGUACACAUUAAUUUGAAUAAGGAUGCAGAUUUAGUGACAUUUUUGUUUCCAUAGAAGACAGUUAACAGGGAAUCACUUUAGGUCCUAUGCCUUUGGGAUUAAUUUUACUGAGGCAAAACUAUUACUUCAUUGCUUGUAGAGAAAUUAGUGAAUUUUUCCACUACUACACAAAGCAGAUAAGUUUGUUUUUUAUAAAUACUCUUAGGUGGUGCCAAGGUGAACUCAGUUUGUUCUCUGAAUUGCAUUUAUGUGAAGGUUCACCUUCUAGACACAUUUCUGAAGCUUCAGCUGCGUGUAGCACAUUGACAAGGAGAUCUUUCAACUCCCAGUGUGGGAAUCUUGAUUUUUAUGCAAAGCCCUAUGUUUUGCAAAAUGUAGCUUGUUCAGCUGCCAGAUGGGCUUUAAAAAGUGGAGCAAUUCACAAAGAGGACUUUCUGCCUGUCUUCUGGGGCCAUGGCACUAGGAUAGGUUUCAUAACCUGUGUAAAUGCUUCAGAUUCAAUUCAUUUAAUAUCCAACAUUAUCAAGGGCAUAUGAAAGCUUGCUUAUUUGUUUAGCUUUAGCAACAAAGUAUGUCAAAUAAAUUGUUAAGAACUGAUUUUCUUAAUACUACUCUAAGGACAGAUACAACUGGGAAUUGUGUUCUGCACAGAGAAUCACAGACAUAUUCUUUGAGGAGUUCAGAGUACCUCAAAACUGGAAUGUUUUUAGCUCAUGGAGUUGGGAUUGACAUUUUAAUUCUUACUCUUAAAGAUCAGAGACUUUACUUCAAUCACUGCCCCCAAAGGGGUAAAUAAAGCAGAAGGAGACACAAACAUUGUACUCUUGUUAGGGAGGAGAAGCAACAUGUGGAAUCAUGAGAAAGCAUAGUAAGACAACAAAAAAUAUUUUUUAGUUGGUGUGGAAUCUGAGUGAAAAGGAAUAGAGAUGGAAAAAAUAGCUCUAUUCCUUUUUCUUUCCCAACCAUUGUGAAAUUGAAGAAAAUACUUAUUUUCUCAAAGCACCCAAACACCCAAAAAUAGGGACUGGUUAGAAACCCAAAAAAAUUGGAGUAUCUGGGUAAGAUUUUGUAAGGUGUGGGUAAGAGAAGGUGAGAGUUUAUUUAUUCAGCAAAUAUUUGGCUGUCAAUUUUAUGCAAGGAGCAACAAAAAGAUCUUUAUUCCAAUACAUAAAAGAUAAAGGGAUUGUUUUUAUCAUUUAAAUCUUAAGUACAAUCUGGAUCUAGAUAAAUUGCCCCGUGCUUGCAUUGUCUACCAUCACAAAAGGAUUAUCAAAGAGGGAAGGGUUUGAUGGCCUUUUACCAAGCCAGAAUUCCCAACAAUACUUUAAUCUUACUAGUGAAUUUGCAUUUGCCAGAGUUGUGGGUUGUAUUAGCUUAAGAAAAGUUAAUAGUGCUCCUUGAUAAAAAUAAUACAUGGAAAAAAAUGUGUCAUACAUUACCAGGACAAAAUCAGUCAUUUCCCUUAUUUUACAAGGCAUUUUGCUGAGCCUUUAGUGUGUUCUCUCAAGAUGAAGAUAAUGGAAUGGUUCAUGGGGCAGAAGUUUCUGCAAAUAGAACUAUUGCAUAUUAUUUACCCUCUAGAAUCUGAAUUGACUCAAAUGCUGGCCCAUCCACCUUUAGUUUAGUUCUCCUUUGAGCCUCAUUUUCCAUGAGUUAAAGAUAGUACACCUACCUGAAAGAUUGUGAUCAUAGGGUAUCUUAACUGUUUGUCAUGGUGCCUAGUAUUUAAUCAAUGUUCAGUAAGUGGCGGCCAUUAUUUUUAUUAUCAUAAAAGCAGAAUGGAGUAGCCUGUCAUCUGAAAUUCAAGGAAUGAAAGACUCAAAAAGAUUGUUCACAACUGGCUGUUUGGUGGAGGGUGAGAUGAAAGCUUUUCCUACAAAUGAUUUCUGUCAAAAUGGCUUAAAGAUAAUUUGUAACUGUAGGUAAAUAUGGAAAACUAAUCCAGAGGGAGAACAACUUCAAAUUUCCUUGACCAACUAUUAACAUUUUCUAAUCUAUGGGAUAACAUUUAGAACUCUGACAGAAUUCUUAAAGUAGUUUUUACUGCUAUUAAGGACUGACCACUGGUGGCUAAUUUGCAAACUAGUUAUUUUGAGAACAUGAGUUAUUAGAGCCUAGGAAAGUUCAUUUUUGGCCGUAUUACUGAGUAAAUUUAGAAAGUAGAUUUGACUUACUGGGUUUCACACCCCACGUUGCUGGACUUUCAAGGAAGUUUGAUUUUUAGUAUUGUAUAUUUACAAAAUACAAAUUGUUUCAGAAAAAUAUACAAAAAGCUGUAUUUUUUCUUUAAACUCAAGGCAAUGCACAACUUUGUUGAAAGGAACUGGAAAACAGUUUAAUGUAUCUGAAGCGAAUAAUGUAGUACAGGAUUGAAGAUGUUUAUCAUUAUUUUACAUUCUCAUAAAUGUUGAUAGUUGAAAUAGUUAUUAUUCCCAGAAGUUUUGAUUUUACUUUUGGUGAAUACUUUUUGUUUCAAAUAUAAAAACCAACAUGUAAAAAUUUACAAAUACAUAUGGAUGCACACUACAAGCCUUAUGUUCCAUUUAUUAAUAACUUUGCUUUUCUUCUUUCCAUUUUGUACAUUUUGAGACUGUCAGGUUUGCCUUUAUUUUCUUUGUUAAAGAGUGGAAUUCUAGUUGUCUUCAAACUGUAGUUUCUCCUGCCAGUGAGAAAAACAUGCUCAUUCUUUUUAAUCCGUUAAAAAAGUACUAGUAUACUGGGUUAUUUCUUCUAGAGAAGCCUUGUAAGA